GGUGAUGACGAUUCAUUGUUACGCUAAACACGACGGACUAAACACAAUCUGAAAUUAUCUUCGUUUCCUUAAUUUGUUCUAACUCUCAAAAUGGCUAAGACUAAUAAGGGUCCGAAAGCGAACGUAUCGUGGGUGAAACCAGCAGAACCGUCAUUUUUAAAGAAAUUCAAGAACGAUGUUGGCUUUAAGGAAGGACCCACCAUUGAUACCAAGCGUUUAGAGAUGCCAGCCUUGGAGGAUGACAGUGGCAGUGAUCGUGAAGAUGAGCUGCCUCAAGUUGUCAUUCUCAAAAAGGGAGAUUUGAGCGCAGAAGAAGUGUUGCAGAUCAAAGAGGUAAAGGAUGGUACAGAUAAAGAAGACAAGCCUCCUGCGGACGGAAAGAUCCUGUUCAAGAAGCCCACGAAGCGCUCCUCCGACAAGUUCCAGGGCAUCACCGCCAGCUCUAACAACAACAACAACAAGAAGAAGAAGAAGAGUGAAGGAGGAGAUGAAGAGAAAAAGGAGGAGAAGUCUGAAAAGAAGGUGAAGAACAAGAGUCUUCUCUCUUUCGGAGGGGAUGAGGAUGAGGACUAGAAGUGAAUUCACCGCAGGGAUUUCAGACUAGAGCAAUCAACCGUUCAUGGAUGGUGGAACUGAUCUACUGCGGUUGGGUCUUUUUGCCCAUAGUAGUAAAAACCAACAACAUAGAAUAGCUCCACAUCGUAGUUUGUCCCGCUAGACUAAGAUCCUUAGACAUUACGGGUCAUCCCCUCUUUUUUUGGAGGUGGAAUCUGGACGGAAUCUGUAUGUGAAACAAACCCCUUCAAUCACAUUCAUGAUCAAAGAUCUUUUAGAUUACAUAAGAUGCAUGCUGUUAUUCUAUGUCGACUAUAAGACAUGUCUCUGCUGUUGGAAAUGUUGUAUAGUGACUCACCGUGGGCCUAUUCUCCAUCCAUUACAACUGUAGUCAUCUGUCCUUCGGUGGAUCCUCUGCACUCUUUCAUGUAGCCAACACACAGUCUGGGUGGAAGGCUUCAUCAAGGUGUGUGACAACAGCUCCUAAAGGGGGAAGAAAUGAGCUGGUGGCUUUUGGUUUAAAAAAAAUCUAUAUAGUCUGGAGCGUUGUGAUGUGAUACUUUUCUACAGUCAAUAAUUCAUUGGAUGUACAAAUAUGUUUUAGCUUCGAAAACAGCAUCAAAAGAUGUCUUUAGUUCAACCACUGCGUUGUUUUGAUGCCGAGGUGUUGGAUUUUUCUGUGAUUGUAUUGUGUUUUUUUGUUAUGAUGGUGUUUAGUUGAAUAAGUUUGAAAUGUAACUAUUAAAAUACAUUAAGGCCUUA